AAAAAAUUCAAGAUGGCGGCAUCAUGGAGGGAAUAAAAAGACCUGCGGAUCCUCCAACUCAAAAAUUAGGCGCUAGAUCACCAAAAAAACAAGCUGCGAUGCGACAGAAAUCUCCAUUACCUCCACGAGCUUCAAUUUCCCCCCAAGACGAACCAGAACCAUUUUAUUUAGUACGCGAUAUGCCAGUUACUUCACAACAGCCUGGAGAAUCCAAUUUAGUCAGCCAUCAUGGGUUGGAGCAUGCUUACAAUAAAUUUUGCAGUAAAAAAAUUAAAGAACAGUUGAGCGCUUUUUUACCGCACCUGCCAGGUAUGAUAGACACUGUUGGCACUCAAGACAAUAGUAGUCUGAGAUCAUUAAUAGAUAAACAACCAAUUCUAGGAAAAGAACUUCUACCAUUAUCAACACCAGCAUUAGCAGGAUUUAGGUUACAUCCUGGACCAAUUCCAGAGCAAUAUCGUUUGAUGCAACAACAACCUCACAAGAAAAAGCACAAACACACACACAAAAAACAUAAAAAGGAGCAUAGAACUGAACCAAUUGAAACCCCAGAUACAACUGUCAUUGACACUACCCAUGAUAAAAAACACAAGAAAACAAAAAAACAUGAAGAUGGCGAAAAGAGAAAGAAAAAGAAAGACAAGAAAAAGAAAAAGUCUCGUCACAGUCCUGACCAUCAAGGAACCAGUGGAAUUCAGGAAUCCAAUGGGCCGACAAGACCUACAUAGUCAUUCAUAACAUUUUCUACAUUAUUUGUAUAUAAACCAUAUUUUAUAUUUAUUGUCAUAAACAUGAACCGUUGUGGUUUUCUUGAGUGUACCCAUUGUGCAUAUAUUUGAUCUGCCCUCCAUCAUCAGUAUGCUGUUGUUUAUUUAAUUCACUGCUGAGAACACUACUGGAUUAUUUUGCAGUAUCAACAAUU